UUAAUAUUUAGGUAAAGCUACAUUUAUUUACCUAUCUUUUAUUAAUUAUUUCAUGUUUGGCACCACCACAGACGAAAUCUAACUUUGUCUCAGAACACGCCCCCUUCACUUGCCUAACCACAGCCUUCUUCCAGAACCGCAUGCGCGGUACACUCUCAUCCGGGUCCUUCGCAAGAAUCUUUCUGAGAGGAGGCGGGAAAUGGCGUCUCGAGCUGCUGCAACAGAUCCAUCUGCCGAUCUGUGACUCACUCUCAGCAGAGAGCACUCAAACGGGCCACUUCAGCCGCUUUGGCUACAACCACCUCUGGAUCGUGCCGUCGCGACCCUUGGCAUUCUUACAUGUGACUUUUGGGACAAUGAGGCUGAGAGUGCGUAAGGCAUCUCAGCAGCGGAGCACCACCCCAUCCGCACGGACCGCCAAAACCAAGAGGAAGCACUCCGAGGUGGAACAUACUCUGCCCUCAGAAGACAGCAAGAUGGAGAAGCAAGAGACUGGCAUUUUCUCCACGAUUAAACGAUUUAUCAGGGGAAAUGCUGUUAAGGUGGAGCAGUGCACUCCUGCUAAGAGGAGCCGUGUGGACUGUGAUUUUGACAGUAAUCUGAUUACAUCCACUCCUACCACUGGGAACCUGCCCGGCAGAGCAAACCCCAGAACCCGCAGGAAAGGCCCUGUCAAUGGAGAUACCAUGACAAGUCAAAGUAAACCUGUGAAGCCCAACGGUAAGCUGGAGGUUGAGACAGAAGUUCCAAGCAGUCCACCCCGCACCACCCUCUUGGGAACCAUAUUCUCUCCUGUUUUUAGCUUCUUCUCACCAGCCACAAAAAAUGCUACUGCAGGGUCAGAUUCCCCAGGCCAGGUGGUUGAAGCUGAAGAGAUCGUGAAGCAACUCGACACUGAGCAGCUUGAGGAAACCCCUAUCAUCACUACCACUGAUGGCAGAGACCUGACCUUUGACCCUGUACUCAAUCCUAGAUCUCUGCCCCAUGCAGACACACCAGUAGAAGAAGGGGAGAUUGUCACUGAGGCUGAUAUGCCACCACUAACUGCUGUAGGUUCCAACAACAAUUACGCAGAUGUCCCGUCAUCGCCUCCUGCAGAGGGAACUUACGAAGAGGACUGGGAGGUUUUUGACCCAUAUUUCUUCAUCAAACACGUGCCACCUUUGAGUGAGGAGCAGCUUACACGCAAACCAGCGCUUCCUCUCAAAACCAGGAGCACACCCGAGUUCUCCCUUGUCUUAGAUCUUGAUGAGACUUUGGUCCACUGUAGCCUUAAUGAACUGGAGGAUGCAGCCUUGACCUUUCCAGUGCUUUUUCAAGAUGUCAUUUACCAGGUGUAUGUCCGGUUACGGCCAUUCUUUAGAGAAUUCCUGGAACGCAUGGCUCAGAUUUUUGAGAUCAUUCUUUUUACUGCUUCCAAGAAGGUGUAUGCUGAUAAGUUGCUGAACAUCCUGGAUCCUAAGAAACAGUUAGUUAGGCACCGGUUGUUUCGUGAGCACUGUGUGUGCGUCCAAGGGAACUACAUCAAAGACCUUAACAUCCUCGGGAGAGAUCUGUCCAAGACUGUGAUCAUUGACAACUCACCUCAGGCAUUUGCCUAUCAGCUUUCCAAUGGGAUCCCCAUCGAGAGUUGGUUUGUGGACAAGAAUGACAAUGAGCUCCUAAAGCUAGUGCCAUUUUUGGAAAAGCUGGUAGAACUGAAUGAGGACGUUCGGCCUCACAUAAGAGAACGGUUUCGCCUGCAUGACCUUCUACCACCAGAAUGAAUGUUUGUCAGUCGAAAUGAACAUUUCUUGCCAACCUGACUGUUUUUAAGCAGUGUGAAUUUACACCAUGGGGAAAUGAGAAUAUGCCACAAACUCAUUGCCAUAUGGAUUUCAACUACAGACUUGCCUUCUUUGGCGUUCUUUUAAUUGGGGGGGCAUAUGUUUUAAAAAAAUAAAUAAAAAAAAUAAAUGAUGUAUGCAUACAUUUUCUAUACACGCACAUUUAUGGAACUGAAGGUGAAGCCAAGAAGAUAAUUUUGGGCUGGUCAUCCUUUUAGGCUCUGUGACAAGGGAGAUGAUAUGAAGUGGAGUUUUUGCCUGAAUUGGAGUUUAUUUUAAAGCGCUAUGCAGAAGUGGACAUACAUCACUCCUUUUGGUGCUCAAAGGGACUCUCUGCCUUUCCAGUACUCUGGCUUCAACGGGAAUGACCAGUUGAAUAUAUAAACAUGAAAAUAUACAUUCAGCUCUGUGUAUAUGUAUAUAUAACAUUUGUACAUAUAUAUUUUUUUCCUGUCAAGUUUGUACAACAUGACUUGCCCUUUGGUUUAAAUUCAUUAUGCAUUCCUUUUUAGUUCAUGGUAUUUCAUAGACAAGCUGGGUUUUUUUUGUACUCUAGAUUGUAUUUAUAUUUUAUGGCUUAUCUCUUUAGCUUUAGUACUCUUGUAAUCCGGUGAAGUGUAAUUGCAUAUCCAGUCACAUCCCAUGUGGAUCAAAUGGAAAAACAAUAACAAAAUGCUGAUUUGUAAAUCUCAAAACUUGAUUCUCUUUGUCUAGUUGUGGCUUUCAGUUACUGACCUCUUAAUCCCAUUUAUUCAUGUCAGUGCUAAAUUGGGGAAAUUUAACAUUUCUGUUCUUUGUUUUUAUAUCCAAGUAUAGUUGAAAUGUAAAAUACUGUAUGUGCUUCAAAUUGCUUUUGUGUGAAAAAUGCAUCGUCUCUUUCUGAAAUGUCCGGUAAUUGUAGCACCAGCACAUGAACUUGCUUAAAUCACAGAAUAUCUGCAAUAUUCCAUGUUUUCCCACUUGCCGAUCCUCUCUUGAAGUCCUGCUUUGAAUACUGUUUUAGGAAUUUUUAUGUACAGCUCUACCUACCUCUGAAGGGUAGACCUUCUGUUUUAUUCAGUGUUACCCCAAUGUUUUUUAUUUCUAUGUACAUUUAAUACAUAAUUUUAAUGUACCAGAAGAAUCUAAAUGGGUGUUUUUUUUUCUUGAUUGUAUGGAAGUAUCACAUGUGGCCUUGACUGUUAUCUUUGUUUUUCUUUAAGGAUGAAUGCACAAUAACUUGCUUUAACCUCAUUAUCAUAGUUUUAGUUAGCAUGCCCUAUGCGUUUUAUCAUUAAGGAGAAAACAAGCAAUGCCUUUCACGUUUGUAUAGAAAUUAGUAGUUGACCGAUGUUUUUUUUAAGUGGUUGUUGGCUAAUAUGUACUUUGUGAUACAAUGAAUGACAGCAAAAAAAAUCUUAUUUUACACAAUAUUUACUCAAAAUUCACACGCCUGUAGAUUGUGGAACUGAGUGACCCAAGCAGAGGGUUUUUGGAUGAUGUCAGUAAUCUCAAAUUGGUGUAAUAUUGUUUAAUUGGCUGAAUUAACAGUCUAUCACUAGUGGAAAAACAAACUAAAAUCUCCUUUUUACAUUGCUAAGGCAGAUUGCAUGUGAUACGUGGCAGCUCUUGUCAUCAAUUGAAGUUUUCUCACAAAUGGUUUAAUCAAUCCAAAAGCUAGAUUAUAAGAUUAUUUCAAUAAGAAUGUUGUGUGUAGCAGUUUGCAACUAUCUGUGGAUGGAGGCCUUGUUAAAGAGUGGUAUUUUGAAUGUAUUUCAGUGUAGCUUUUUCAGCACAAAUGGAUCAAAAACAAAACAUUUUUAAAGACUUUUUCAGAUUAUGUAAAAAAAUUGUAUGUAUGUA